CACAAACGGGACCGUCGUCAGUUUUUGUUCAGUGAAGUGGUAGUGUGAAGUUGAGAGUAAACUACAAAAAAAAACUAAACUUUGUCCAUCUCGCGUAAAAGCUGCCAUUUUUCGGUUGUGCUGUGCGGAGUAAAAUCGGAAUUUAGUGUCGUGUUUGGCUACUGUGUCCGCUUUGUGUUCCAAUCAUUCGAUUGCGUUAAUGUCCGUGAAUUAAAUGAUCAAGUGAAAUGUAUCGAUUAUAUGCGUUAAGAUGUGAUACCCUUUCGACAAAAAGAAGUUUGUAAAGUCCUUGAGAAAAAUUUCUUCCUGCCGGUGUUUCCCUUUUUGUUCGAAUAUUGGCAGCAGCCCAUCGGUGUUGGGUUGUCCUUGUGGGGCUGGUUGGGGUACGCGAACGGGGCUUGAACAGAAAACGAACAAGGGUUUGUGAAUUUUGUGUGUAGUGGAGCGAGGAUUCGUAAGAAUAGUUCUGGAAAUGUCUUCAAAAUUGCUUAACUAUCCCUCGGCCAGCUCAAAUCCACAUUUGGGUACCGGUGGCUCGGCGGGGUCAUCGUCAACCACAAGAAACGGCACCUCCUCCGGUCAUGGAUCCUCUCAACUAAACUUCGAGAACCUACAAUUGGAUGACAUUCUGUGCACAGUGUGUCAAUCGGUGCUAGUGGAACCGGUAUUUCUGCCGUGCCAGCAUCGGUUCUGUCGAAACUGCUUAAGCGGUACCAUAGAAAAAAAUAAUCUCAACUGUCCGUGCUGUCGGAAGCGAUUUGGAACGUGGUACCGGAACGCUUCCCGGGUGAACAAACUGGUUCACGAGCAACUGUGGAAUGCGAUUCAGAGCCAAUUCCGGGACUAUUUGGAAGAGGAUGGUGCUGGCCGAUGCAACGGAAACGGAAGCGUUGGAGGCUGCUUUGUGCCGCAAAGCGAAAGUGUUAUCCACCUUAGCGAACCGGGAGAAAUCCGCAAGGAGUACGAGAACGAACUACAGCGAUACCGCAAAGAGCUCAUAGAAGAAAAGAAGAAGGAACUGGCGGCAUCCGAAAAGUACAUCAUUAAUCUCUACAAGCAAGAGGGAAUCAUAGAUUUGGUAGACAGUAGCGACCACCUAUCCAUUUCGUCUACAACAAGCACUCCAGAACCACCAGCACAAACAAAUGCAAAAAAGCUACAACCACCAGCUGCCAGUACUAGCAGUAGCCAUGAGGCAAAAGCGCACGAGCCGAUCCAAGACGAGGUGGCCGGCCCUUCAGGUUCUGGGAGUGGAGACCAAGUCCAUAAACACUCUCAACAGGCGGCUCCCGAUCAGAACAAUGCGGUCACAACCAGUAAUCACAACGUGCAAACUACUAGUCGUCCGGAGACCUCGAAGUCUCAAUCCAAUGGAAGUGUCAUAUCCAUUUCGUCAACGUCGUCCGCGUCCGGAGCCUCCUCUUCGUGCAUUUCGUCCGCCUCCAGUCGGUAUAGUUUAAUCAAACAGCAGCAGACCUCGAAGGCGCAUAGCUCGAAUCCGCCCGGUAAACAUGUUAGCAGCAUCAGCGGUUCCAACGCCGGGCCAGUGGCCAAGAAGGUUUUCACGAUGGCCGAGCUGAAUCAAAACGAGCUGUGUGUGAAGCCUACCAAGCUUCACCGGAGAACCUCUAGUCAAGCGGUGGAGGACGACGAGGAUGACGAUGGCGACAGCUUACGGUCUGAGUUGAAUCAUUUCAAGCCAAUCUUCACGACGACACCCAAGAGUUGCUUUUCGUCUAAGGCAAUCGUUCGAGUUCCUUCAGUGCGACCGGAAACCGGAUCGCUGCCACAGAAUACCGAGUGUUUUAGUCCCAGCAAAAGCCCCUUCAAGCCAAUUGAUCCAACAACGCCACGUCGGUCGGCUUUUUCCGUAGUAAACGUAAAUUUGUUCACACCUGUAACCACCGAAGUCGGGGCACAAAAACGCCAGAAACGAAGAGCAACGAAUUCUGCAGCAAAGAAGCAAAUAUCCUCGCCUUCGUCCGCUAAAACGACGAAACGAAUCUCUAAAAAGUCUAUUAGCUCGAACCCUGACAUGGAACCUCGUAAGCGGAAAUUGAAAUUCUCCCCACACCCGAAGGGAAAGGUGAAAGAGGAGCCAUCCAGUAAAGGCAGCAUUAACAGCUCCAAAACUAAAACAUCGCGAAAGAGUCUGACUAGGCAGCCCAGCCGGCUGAAAAAUCUGAUCGUCAGUGAUCAGCAGCGGCGAGAAGCAAUGAUCGAACAAGAACGGCGAGACUUUGAGUUUGCGCAAAAGUUGCAGAAGAAGCUCAAUCGCACAAGAGGAGCCACUUUGCUUGUGGUAGAGCCACUUCCUAGAGAUGCACCAAAAGUUGUAGCUAGAAAGCAGAACAGCAAUUACUCAUUGCGUAGGCAAACGGUGGCCGUUCUUCCAGCUACGACGGUUGCAGAAUUACCACCACCAAGGAGUACCACAUCCACAUCCAGCAGUGGUAUAAAAGGGGUAGUUUCUCGCAAGCGGAAAGCACCAUCCAAAGGGGAUGACACGGUAAAACCUGACCAGCCAUCUACUCGGACGACGGCAAAGCAGUUUAAAAAGCCAAAGUUGCUGGCAGCUGCAACGAAUGCGCGACGACCACCGAACCCGAAGCCAGAAACAGUAGUAGCAACGGCAACAGGAGAAAGCGAUAGCAGAAUCCUACGACGGUCCACCCGGAUUAGGUCUUAGGAAGCAGAACGGAUAAUCCUAUUCCUUUCAACUUGUGAUGUUUUCUGUUGUCAUUGUUACCGGACCGGAUGCGACGGAAACUUGACGAUCAGAAGAGGUAAAUGUGAUCUUGGUAACUCAAACACACCGACUCUAGGAGAGGCGUACGCGUUGAUGGGUGAUGACCGACUGAUAUGAUUAAGGUAAGUGACUAGAAUUGUAUGGAUGGAACGCGGCACGACUAUUGCCGAAACGGAUACGCGAGUGUGUUUGAUCUACUUAUAUUUAUUAUAACCAUUAAUAGGAUAUGUAAAAUGAAUCUAGGAUAUACUUAUUUCAACUCACCGUUUGCCGAAGCAAUCAUUUUCCUUAUUCCUUUCGAAUUAGUGCAAGGAGAAGCAUAUUUUGUUUUAUAAUUAUUACUCAAACCAAUAAUGUAAAUAGUUGUUUUUAAACUGUCGAUCAUCAAUCCCCUGCUAGGGGUUUAAACUUAAUCAGUACAUGUAAACGUAACAAUCUUGCUUGGGUCCUCUUUUCAAAAAAGCAUUCCCAAUAAUAGCAUAUACCUAGAAAUAGAUAGGUAGGAUCUACCGUCGCUAUGAAACAGUAAGACGGUCAACGAAUUUGUUUUUUUUGUUCGAUUAUUCGCUACUCGGCGUAUCAACUUGUAAAAUAUGAGUAGUAUUUCUAUAAGUGUUUGCAGUGCUGGUAACACAAUGCCAGAAUGAUAGAUAAAAAUACAACGACAACUCGAAAAUAUCGGAGGCCAAAUGUGUAUAUAACUUGAAGAAACCCAUCAGUUUAAACUUGGAUAGAUAUCGUUCUAAUGUCUUUUAUUUUAAUAAAACAAAAUGUUUCGUAAUGGAA